CGUCGCCUUGAUUGGAGGAGGCGCCCCAGCCGGAGCAGGCGUCGGCGGGCGGAUGGCUGUGUGCUGCUCGCUCCAUGUGAGCAGAGCGGCGCUGAGGGGGUGGCUGCCUGCGGCGCGCAGGGGGGGCGCCGUCAGCCGCCCCUGCAGGAGCAGCAGCCAAGGCCGUCCCGUGGGGAGAACCUGCGGGGCGCGGCAGACAACUUCUCCCUCCUUUGGGUUCCUCUUUGAUAUUGAUGGAGUGCUUUUACGGGGCCGGCUAGUCAUUCCUGCUGCUAAGAAGGCCUUCCAGAAACUAACAGAUUCAAAAGGUCGGUUCCAUGUGCCGGUUGCAUUUGUAACCAAUGCUGGAAACUGCUCUCGCAACAGCAAGGCUGAGGAACUGUCUGAUGCCCUUGGAUUUAAGGUUUCUCCCGAAUGGGUGAUCCUGUCCCAUAGUCCUCUGCGUCUUUUCCAUCAGUUCCAUGACAAAUGUGUGCUUGUGUGUGGUCAGGGUCCUGUGGAGGAAAAUGCCAGGGACCUGGGAUUCCAUCACGUUGUUACCAUUGAAGAUGUGAGGAAGGCAUUUCCCUUGCUGGAUAUGGUUGAUCAAAGUCGGAGGCCAAAAGAGCUGCCUCCUGCACCUGCUGACUUCCCCACCAUAGAAGCUGUGAUUCUGUUUGGGGAGCCAGUCAGGUGGGAGACCUGCCUGCAACUGAUCAUUGAUGUACUCCUGAGCAAUGGGAACCUAGGGGUAGAGUUGACUUCUGUUCCAUACCCACAUCUACCUAUCCUCGCCUGCAACAUGGAUCUCUUGUGGAUGGCAGAAGCCAAGAUGCCAAGAUUUGGCCAUGGCACCUUUCUUGUGUGCUUGGAGAACAUCUACAAGAAAAUGACUGGCAAGGAGCUGAAGUAUGAGGCCUUGAUAGGCAAGCCCAGCACUGUCACCUACCGCUAUGCUGAACAUGUGAUCAAGCAGCAGAUGGAGAGUUGGGGCUGGACAUCCCCUCUCCGCCAACUGUAUGCUAUCGGAGACAACCCAAUGGCUGACAUUUAUGGUGCAAACCUCUACAACCGUUACCUCCAGGCUCAGGCUGAAGUAAGUGUCACUGCAAUGGCAGCAGAGAGCGAGGAACAUGUUGAGAUGCAAAAAGAUCACUGUGUGUCCAUCACCUCUGCAGAGAGCUGCCAGUCCAUUCUGGUCUGCACUGGGGUCUACAAUCCCCAGGGAGAUGUGCCUGCUGACCACAACGAGAACAUGUUGGAGACUGUCUUCCAUGGACACCGGGACUUCCAUUUUGAUCCAACCUUGGUGGAGGCCUCUCACGUUGUGCACGAUGUGAAUGAUGCUGUGGAGCUCGUCUUUCAGAAGGAGAACUGGAAACUGGAAUGAUAAGUCCAGUGUUGCCAGCAUCUCACAUGGGGGCAGAAGGGCAGAGGCAGAUCUGAGCACUGUCUUGUUCAACCCAUGCCAAAGUAAAGGAAAGUUCUCCCAACUUGUUUUUUGGUAGGGAUUGCAACCAUCUCCCAAAUCUUUGUCAAUAUGGGCCUCUAGCACAUUUGCCAACUUGAAAUUCUGCAUUGUUGCUAAAAUGAGUGUAGCCAAAGAGCAGUCUUCACCAACCAGGGUGCCACACAGAUGUUCUGAAAAAACAGUUUCCAUCACUGCUGACCAUUGGCUGUGCCGGCUGGGGCUGAUGGAAGUUGUAGUCCAAAACAUCUGGAGAGGACAGGUUGGGAAAGGUUGCCAUGGAGAAGGCUGAAAGGGUCACUAACUAGCCCCACCCGUUUCACAUCUGUGCAGCUUCCAUGCUCUUUCCUAUAUCUACAACUACUGUGUAAUCCCAAUUUUGUGGUGAAAUUGGCUCCUCUGCCAAAGGCCAGUGCAUCUUAAAUCUCUCCACCCAAUCCUAUCUAAAUAAUUGUGACCAGCAUCAUGAGGUCUGCUACAGUUUUUGGCUCUUGCUUCUGUUCCAGAUGCUCCUGAAGGUGCUUGAAAAGUUCAGAAUAUUAAAUGUGUGUCUGCGUUGAUUUAUGGCGCAUGAUAUGCCUGGAGGAACAGACCCUCUUGUCAGAGCAGGAAUAGAAAUAGAAGCAAGAUAGUUGCAGUAAUGACUAAAUCUCACUCUCCUGGCUAUUUCACAACCUUUGACUAGUUGUCCCUGAAAUAUAAAUAUUUACUUAGGCACUACCCCUUUUACUGUGAGUGUUCUAUGCCUUUGGUAGGCAGAGUUCUGACUGCAAACAAUGGUCCUUGACCUGAACCAUAAUGGACUCAGCUGUGCAGAGUUUGGGAUACCAGAUAAUGAAAAUUGGAGAAGAGAAGGGGCGGGGGAGUUUUACCUAGUUGUAAAAGAAAUGGCUUUAGCCUUCACAAACUGUCAAGGGCAAGACUGUGAUUUGUGUUUUGUUGCUGUGUUUCCCUCUAUCACCUUCUCACAGAAAUAGCAAUCUUGAUCCUCUCCAAACAGAUCUUUCCCUUGCAUUAAUUUCAUAUUGUGUUUUACCACCCUGCCUCAGGGCUGUUCGUUGCUUAGAAAUCAGUAGUCUGGGUCCAGACAUGCAUGCGGCCUUGCCUGUAUAUUGUUGCAGCGAUGUGCAACAGAAGAUGCUUAUGCAGAAGCAUGCUUCUCUGUGUACAGCUGGGCUGAGGAACCUGUGGCCUGCCAGUAGUUGUUGACAUCAACAUCCAUCAUCUCUACCCAUGCUGGCCAGGGCUAAUGGGAGUCCAAAAACACCUGGAGGGCUGCGAAUUCCCCAGAGUUUUGAACCUGUGCUAUGUAUGUCUCCAAACCUCUUUAAUGAAGAAUUUCCAGGCCACCCUUUGUGUAAGCCGCAUCCUGGAAACAUCCCCAUGUCCCAUGUGCAAAUGCAGAAGAGGCAAUCGUAGAUUUUUGUACCACAGUAAUUGGUGAUGUUAGUGUGUGAAUAGCAAGUUGGUCCUGUUCCUCUUAUGAAUCUGGACAUAAUUCUAAGUUACCUUUUUCUGUAGGACAGAUUACUACUACUUUGUAGUGUGAGCAAUAACCUUAUUUUCUUACAUUAAUAUAACUGUUUGCCUGUGUUUUAAAUAACUUUGUUAUGAUGAUGAUGACUGUAGCAGGGGUAGGGUUGGGCUCCAAUUCCUGCUUCUCCUAUACUAUCCAGUUGAACCAUUUGUGCUUUUUGGAGAUUAGUUGGCUUUAGCACAUGGAUGGUUUACAUUUUAAGGGGAAAAUGUCAGUCUCAAAUCCUUUCUUGCCAACUGCAGUGAAAGCCAAACAGUUGGUUCCAUUGACUGUACUUCUUUUUUCAGUGAUCUACCGAGUAUCUUUUUUAAAAUAAAAAAUCAUUACCUUUUUUAUUAAAAAAUGGAUUUGUAUAACAAAAUGCAAAUGCUAAAAUAAAUAAUAAAGACAUACCUUGUAUUAAAUACAAAAAUGACAUCCAAAUAAAAUAUAUAGCAAACAAGUGUGAACAAAUCUAGGAGUAGACAAAGUGAAACAUGGUGUCCUGUAUUUAGGAAGUACCAGCUUCUAAUUAAGUUUUUACUAUGGCAA